GUAUGACCUAGUCGACGGAUUGGAUGGCAAAUAAAUAUUACAGUGGCCCUAAAAUAAGUUUUUAAUGGGGGGAGUUCAAUCACUUGUUUUCCUGUAGUGUGGUCCACAUGAAAUUUUUUAUCUGCCUCAUUUUUUAGCCCAUUCCGUGAAAACGUAAGUCAUCCCGACUAGCAGGGUACGUAUUGAAUGCGCGGCACUACGCUCGAGCAGCAAAGUUUUAAUCAUGAUUUGUUUCCACAUGAUUUCAAUUACAAUUCGACUCGAUAGUGGAUCCAAACACCCCCGCUUUAACGGUAAUGCUUCUCCUCCAACGCUCCCUACCCACCCGCCUCAGAGCCCUUCCCUAUCACUCCUCCGCACCCCCGCUCACGUUAGCACAACCACUCCAAUGCAAACAAGAAGAAGAAGAAUCACAAUCCAAACGGCCCAAAUCCAAAUCCAAAGCGGCCCUCACCAUAUCCCGCCUCAUCAAUACCGUCAAUCCAUGGUCUACCGAUCUGGAAUCAUCCCUCCAGCCUCUCCUCCCAACCCUCUCCAAGACAUCCUUCCUCCAAACACUCUCCCUCAUCAAAUCCCCCUCCAAAUCCCUCCUCUUCUUCCGGUGGGCCCUCCUUAACGGCUUCCCACCCGACGCCACCACCUUCUCCCACAUGCUCGAUAUCCUCGGCCGCUCCCGCAACCUCAAUGCCGCCCGCAACCUACUCCUCUCCGUACCUGCCCCAAUUCGAUCCGACGACCGCCUCUUCAACAGCCUCAUCCGCAGCUACGGCCGCGCCGGUCUCAUCCAACAGUCCAUAAAGCUCUUCCGCAAGAUGAAAGAGCUCGGUGUGGCCCGCUCCGUCUUCUCCUUCAACAGCCUCUUCUCUAUACUCCUCCCCCGCGGCCGCACCCACAUGGUGAAGAAGCUCUAUGAUGAGAUGCAGUCGACGGAUGGGAUCGCCCCUGAUGUCUACACUUUCAACAUUUUGAUUCGUGGGUUCUGCCUGAAUUCAAUGGUCGAUGAGGGAUUCCGAUUUUUCAAGGAAAUGUCCAAGUUUGGAUGUAGUCCGGAUUUGAUCACGUAUAACACACUCGUCGAUGGCCUUUGUAGGAUUGGGAAGGUCAAAAUCGCACACAAUCUUUUGAAAGGCAUGCGCACGAAAAGCCCUGAUCUGAAGCCAAAUGUCAUCACAUAUACGACGAUCAUUAGAGGGUAUUGCGAGAAGCGGUCAGUCGCAGAGGUAUUGGAUGUUUUCGAGGAGAUGGUCCGUCGUGGGUUGAAACCAAAUCGAAUUACGUAUAAUACCCUCAUUCAAGGACUCUGUGAUGCGCGGGAAUUGGAUAAAAUGAAGGAGAUUUUGAAGGGUAUUAUGGAGAACGGAGAAUUUAGGCCAGAUACGUGCACUUUCAAUACACUGAUGAAUGCACAUUGUAAUGCUGGGAAGUUGGAUGAUGCAUUGAAGAUGUUUGAAAAAAUGUCAGAGCUUGAGGUGGUCCCUGAUUCAGCGACAUACAGUGUUCUCAUUAGGAGUUUCUGUGAGAGAGGAGAGUUCGAGAGAGCGGAGGAGCUGUUUGAUGAGCUGGGAGAGAAGGAGAUUCUAUUAAGGGGAGAUGGAUGUGUCCCGCUCGUUGCAGCUUACAAUCCUAUUUUUGAGUAUUUGUGUGCGGAAGGGAAAACAGGGAAGGCGGAAAGGGUGUUUCGACAGUUGCUGAAGAAAGGGACGCAGGACCCACUUUCGUUCAAGACAUUGAUCUUGGGGCAUUGUACUGAAGGUACAUUGGGGGCUGGAUACGAGAUAUUGGUCUUGAUGUUGAGGAGAGAUUUCGUGCCAGACAUGGAGACCUAUGGUUCUUUGAUUGACGGGUUUUUGCAGAAGGGAGAUUCAAGUUUCGCUCAUAGGACUCUGGAAAAGAUGUUGAGAAGCGAGCAUCUUCCAAAAACAUCUACUUUCCAUUCUGUACUUGCUGUGCUUAUAAGAGAUGGGUGCGCUCAAGAAGCUGCUAGUGUUAUUUUGAUUAUGUUGGAGCGGAGAAUUCGGCAAAAUAUCAAUCUGUCGACGGAUACUGUUAUUGGUCUUUUUAGGAAUGGUUUCAAGGAUAGAGCAUUUGAGGUUAUCGGGUUGCUUUAUGAUAAUGGUUUUUCAGUGAAGAUGGAAAAAGUAGUUGGGUUUCUCUGUCAGUGCAGAAAGUUCUUAGAGGCUCGAGAGCUUUUGCUAUUUUGUUUGGAGAAGCAUCGGAAUUUAGAUAUUGAAUUUUACAGUACAGUUGUAAUGGGCCUUUGUGGAAUUCAGAGAGCUCCGGAAGCAUUUGCUCUGUUCUAUGAAUUGGCAGAGAAAGGAGGGAAGCCUAGUUUGAGUUGCUUAGAGGAUCUGAAAAUCGCCCUCGAGUCAGAGGGGAAGUUGAAAGAGGCAGAUUUUAUUUCUAAACAAAUCAUGCACUGGCAUCAAAGGUGAUAACAAGUGUUCGGAACUUUCAUUUGUUUGCCCAGCAAUUGAAACUCUUAGUCUCCGCUUGAGAAUUGCUUUGCGCAUUCACGAGGUUAAGUUUAAAAUUUAUAAAUGGUGAAGUGCUCCUACCUUUUGGGGAGUGACUGGUAGAUGGGGAGCUUCAAGCCUGUCCUCUCAGAGGUGUUAUUAAUUAGACAGACAGUAAAGGUAAUAAGUGAAUUAAAAUCUUGGUUUUGAUGAUAUUGAUGUGUAAAUGCCAAAUACACCUAAUGUAACACUCUUACUUACACAUAUUGCCUUUACAAACACAUCUUGAAA